UUCAAAAGCUUUGUGUAUGUGUGUGAGCUUGCAAAGCUUUCUAGCUACGUCUUGGAUCGUCUGCCUCUGAUCUGGCAUCUCUACAUGAGCGCGGGAGGAAGAAAACAACCUGCACACGACUGUGUAUUUUUCCGUUUAGACGCACUGUUUACGCAGUAGGAUGGUCCUAAACCUUGUGUACUAGUAUGCUAGUAACUCUCCAUCGUCAGGUCCACACUCAGAUUUCUGUUAAUUCACAAUGGCUGAGUCCACCGAUGGCGAUGAAGCCCUGCUCCUGGAGAUGUUCAAAAGCACCAUCGAUGAGGGUGUCAUAAGACUGGUGUAUGGCCAGUGCAAGGGAGUUGCCGAUGCCGCUCAGGUAUUAAUGGAAAUGACUAGUUCCGAUGGCAAGACCGUGUCUCCCGAGCAUGAUAGUAGUGAACUCGACCGCCUGAGACUGGAGUGCAGCGCUGAUGAAGACAUACCACUGGGCAACAGUUCUUUCCCGACAUCAUUAGAGAUGGGUUUCACUCCCUCCGCUUCUUCUGCUGCUGCUGUUGCUGGUAGAGUGUCUGAAGACACACUGCAGCGCCAGGUGAAUGCAGAACUAGCGGGGGCCGCUGCAGUGGAUGUCACAAGUAUUGGCGAGGACACCACCCCGGACGGGCUAGCUGCGACAGCAGCUGUGCAGGUGUCUCCUGACGGCAUGGUGCGCAUGCAGAGCCAGCGUCAGAAGCGACCCGCAGAGACUCUCAGUCCGCUUGGGGUGCCGUCAGACCGGCGACAGCCUGACAAACGUAUCUUUCCCGGGGUGGCAGCGCCGCUCUCGGCCGAAGACGUCCGUGCCUGUACGUUCUCCGUGUCUCCUGCCGCGGCCACUGGUGUGUCCUCACAGAGCGAAGCACUUCAUGCUUCAGCUACACGAUCACAUGUGCACUACUCACCCGUUCAACCGGUGUACGACAGUCGGCGGAGCGAGGAAAACGCUUACACAACGUUAUCGGGCAGUGAGGUCAACAGGCAUGGAUCGCUUUGGUCUAGCGGCGCGAAUUCCUCUAGCCAACAUGCACAACAGUCUAGCCAGCCAAGUUUUGGUCAUCCGCGGGAGCAUGCUGGGCUCAGCGAUGUAUCUGGCGACGGCUAUCAUCAACGGACGACCAUGUCGAACAGCUACCAGUGUUCACCUCUGGUGCUGACCGCGGACACACCGCGCCACUGGCCUGCUGCUGCUGACGACUGUGGAACGUCAGCGGCAAGACCCGUGCUGGUGGAGAGCAGGCGAGCACCGGAAAAAAUCAUGUACAUCCUCCGCGGCCUACCGGGCAGCGGCAAGUCGUAUCUGGCAAAGCAGCUUAGCAGUGAGAGAGGACAGAUCGUGUCGGCAGACUACUACUUCAUGCGCGAUGGCCGGUAUGAAUUUGAUCCGAGUCAGAUCGGACGUGCUCAUGAGUGGUGCCAAUCUAAAGCUAAAGAUCAUGUUGCGAAGGGUGUGUCACCCAUCGUGGUGGACAAUACCAACACGCAGCUUUGGGAGAUGAAGCCGUAUGUUGUGAUGGCAAGAGAUGGUGGCUACGAGAUUGAGAUCAGAGAACCCACUACCAGCUGGAAAUGGAAUGUGCAGGAGUUAGCCAGACGCAACUCGCACGGAGUGCCUGCGGACAAGAUCCGCUUGAUGAAAGACCGGUUCCGUACAGACGCCACUAUCAACGCCAUUGUGGGUGCUGCCGCGCCGAAAAGCAAAUCUCGUCCAUCACCGCAGCGCGAUCACCACCACGCGUCACCUGGGCGCACAGUACGGCCACCCGGUCAUAUGGAAUCACGCCCUCCGCCCAGACCAAGAGGCAGUGUUCCUGCCCAGGGCAGUGCCUCUGCCGCUGCUAGCGGAGGAGAUGCGUCGCCAGCUGCCAGCACAAGUACUCCCCAUCCUCUCGUUCCAGUGACCCAUUUGGACGUGCAAUCCAGAGGCCAGACGAAUCGAAGUGACGCAAUUGCAUCGUCUGCAAGGGCGCCGGCAUUCGUAAGGCACCAUCCAGACUCCAGUGUCUCCCAUGAGGUUCUAUCAACACCCGCUGGUGUCCGUGAUGUCUCACCAGUCAAGCUGAGUGGUCCCAUUGUCAACCUUCCCCCUUCGUCUGCAUCUAAGGUGUCUCCAUCAAACUGGCUCUUUGAAGAUACUAGCAGCCAGCGUAGAAGUCUGCACGUUGACAGGCUUCACUCGUCACAGUCACCCACCCCUGGCAUGGCAGACUCUCCGUACUCUCCAGGCGUAUCUGUCCACACGGUGUCUGAUGUGCCAGUGUCUCCACCGCAAGUGGCCAUGUCCUCGCCUGAUGACUGCGGCCGUGUGGACUCGGCGGCAACGGCGGUGGCCGAGGAGAUACGACCACAGCCUCACACUGUGCCGCGUGAUGCCAGUGCGCAGCACUCCGCCCAACGUGUACCUGGUCAGGGAACUAUUCCUGACUCCAGUAACCGUCAUGAAGCACGUGGGAUCAGUGGCCUUGGUAACACUCCGUACUCUCCUCCAAGCAACAGUAGCGAGAUCCUGUGCCAGUCACCUGCAACGUCCGUGAUGGCUGGCUCGGAACUGGCUGGUAGUCCUUACUCUCCUCCAAGCAGCACUGAUACUACACGAGGCCAGGUACGCAGCGAAGCAGCAUUGGCCCGCCUCGUGGCCAGAGAACAGAACAUGUCCGAUUCGACGAGCUGUGACAUGGACAUCGAGUCGCCAUUGGCCACUUGUGACAAUCCGGUCGCUGCUGAUGAGUGCGAUUCAUCCGUGCCCAUGCCCACGCAGUGCUCUAGUGGGCAAUCUUCAGGUCAGCAUGACCUCAGCCACUCACGGGAACAUCAGCUUCCCGACGUUGCCACGGUGUCCGUAAGCAGUCCGCUGCUGUCAUGCGGUGCCGGUAGAAGUACCGGUGGUUUCCCUGUGCAGGUGGAGGAAGCAGACGGGCCAUCCAUUACAGAGCUGUUUCCGUCCACAGGCUAUGAAUCCGUGGAUGAAGAGCCGGCUCCACCAGCCUAUGAAGACUCAGUGCGUUUGCCGGUACGCCAGCGUCCGCCAUCAGCACCUUCCAUUGGCAGUUCCGUACUGAAUGCUGCGCCGAAUGAACAAAUUGCGGCGGCCUCUGCAAUGUCAGAGGAGAACUUAAUCAUCACUGCGGAACCCACCACCGGCCUGCCCAAUGCACAAGAAAUACACAGCAUACCGUAUGCCUCACUGCCUAGCCCACGUUUCAGAUUGGCACCUUGCUUUUCAAACCUCCCAAGACCGUCCAGCAGGCCUCGGUUAGUGGAGCGUGCAGAGUCGGUCCCGUCGUUCUCGCCUGACUUAUCUCUACCGGCGCCAGGCGCCCGACUGCGAAGGGUGAUCAGCGCCUCAGAAUCCGCAUCCUUGCCACCUUCUGAUAUAGCACUGGAUUCUCUGACUGCAGUUUCAGGGCAGCCGUCAAGCAGUGCCGUGGGUGCAGACGAGCCCGUGAACAGGAGCAAAGCCGCCAGUAUCAUUGGUGCUGUUGCUACGGAAACACUGAUAGAACCUAUAGUAAUCGUAACGCCUGAACCUGGGACGGUAGAGGUAGCAGCAGCAGCAGUGGUGGUCUCUCCACCCUACCAGGACGUUUCUCCACUGACCGAAUCCGUGAAGUUCUCCUGCUUGCAGACGAGCGAUGUGAGCGAACCAGACCCACUUGAUCUUGUGUCGUCGCCCUCCAGCUUAGGGUCCGGUCCUCUCAGUCUGGAGAGCGCUCCUGCAAAGACCUCUUCCUUUCGAUCUUCACUGGACCAGGUUGCUGAUUUCGAAGGGCAAGCACCAGCAGUCAGUGGUGCACAUGCUAUGGCAUGCUCGCCACCGCUGCGCUACGAAGUCUCUGAGCAGGAACUAGCCAGUGAGCUCACUCGGACUGACUACGGCUUUGAUGGGCAUAGUGUCCAGUCAACAGCCAAUGCAGGGACAGCAUCAGUGGCAUCAGCUACUGCAUCAGCAGCAGUCGCAACCACACGCCCAGCAGCAAUGGCAACAGCACCUCCAGCAGAAGAAGAGGAAGAUGAUGCAGACCUGUGCCAAGACGAGGUGGAAACGGACAAUGUGGUAUUCCUCGUGGAAGCGUUUCCCAAUCACUCCGUCCGUGAGCUGGUACAGGCGUUGCGCCGGAGCAGUGGCGAUGCAUCACUGGCAAUGAUGAGCUUGCUUGAUGAGGACGAUGACGGGUUCGUUCAGUCUACCACUGGUGACGGCGGUGGUGAGGUGGAGAACUCCGGUAUUGAUCAGCAUGACGGCGUAAUUCUACGACCGUCACACUUUGCAGCUGGAGCUAGUGAUCAGCUUGGCCGACCGCAGGCGUUCAUGGAUAUGGAGGUGGAUAGUGAUUCUGAGAAUCUUAUACGAUCAAGUGACCUCCAGGCGGGACUCGCUGCAUCGCCAUCCACUCACGCUGGCCAUCGGCUAAGCGAUGAUGAGCGCAUGGCCAAGCAGCUGCAGGAGCAAUGGUUUGAGAAUGAGGAUACGACGGCGGCAGCGGCGCACGGCGACAGCAAUCAUCAGGCCGUGGCGAUGCACACGGGUGAGGACACCGGCGACCCACUGCUGGUCGCGGACAACUCUCCCGACACGGUCAUCAUGCAGAUGAGCGACGACUUGGCACUGCGGCUGCAGCUGGCGUUCGGAGAUGUUGGGUUCGACGCAGGCGGCGCUAACCUGCGCUUCAUGCUGAGCAAGUCGACGGCGCGUAAGCUCUACAGUAACUGGGUGUCUGCCAUUCGGAGUCGCCAGCGUGAUGAGGAGGCACGCCUACAAAUACAGCUGAACAGAGAUGAGGAGUUGGCGCGUGAGUUGAUGGAAGUGGAGCGUCUGCAUGUCAAUGCACCAGAGGGAGUGCCUCUGCCGCAACCUGAGCCUGAGAAUCCACUACCCAGUGAGGCCAGUGCGGCAGCGACAAGUGCCCGGCGUGUGCGACCAUCUCGCGUGCAGGAGUCACACAUGGCUGGCGAUAGUAGCAGCAGGCCAUCGCUGUGGCCUGAGCGCGGUCAAGCAACAACUCCCGAUCUGAUUCCUAUCAGGUUCGUACCUGCCCACCGACAUAGUGACAUGCCCCAAGCAGCACCGGCAGCAUCAACGACGAGAGGCACGCAGCCUAUUCGCAUGGUUGUUCCAUCAGUUUCCGAUUCAUCAAUCAGAUCAGCACCUAGCUCCAUUCUCAAAGCCACGAAGCACUCAGAAGGCGAUGACGGACCCGGUCAAGUUCAAAGCCUGGAAAACCCCGAGUAUCAGGACUACCGUGCUGAAGCGCAGCUGCACCGGGACCAAUAUAACGAGUGCAUACGCAAGUCCAAAGAGGCGUACUCGCGCCGCCAAGGUGCACUAGCACAGCACUAUUCCCAGCAGAGUCGUGGCCACUAUGCUAGGUACCAAGAGGCCAAUCAGCGAGCUGCACAGAUGAUUUUCCACUCAAAGAAUCCUUUGAAAAGUGCAGAUGACCAAAUUGACUUGCAUGGUCUGCAUGUCAAUGAGGCUGUGGACCUUUUGGAUGACAUUCUUACAACGCAGGAAGAAGCCGGUACCGGGCGUAAGUACAUUCUGGUGGUGACCGGGCGUGGUGCACACAGCGUCGGCAAUCGACCCAAGGUGCGCCCUGCUGUCGAGCGCUACCUUGCCAGCCACCAUUAUCGCUUUGAGCAUGUGAACCCCGGCCUCAUCAAGGUGCACCUCAGGUCUCAUUGAUGCCCUUCCUCCCGUCCCUUCCCGGCGUCCUUUGUCAUUGUGCUAUGUCUGGGUGAGAAUUUUUCCGCAAUUUCUGUAUCUGGUUUACUGUCCUGCUGGAUUCUAAUGGCUUGUCUUUGUCCAAUGCCACUCCACGCUGGUUUCUGUUGCCUUGUCCUUUCCCAUGCUACUCUGAAUCGGCAGUAGAUGCUUUGUCUUGCGACGUCGUAAUCAAGGCUUGAUGUGACGUGUUCUUAUUGUUUGUGGCUGCUGGCUGUGCACACCGCCGGCUCAACGUCCGUCUAUUCUCAAUCUAUGCAGUUAGUGUCUUAUGCGCAAGAGCAUUGCUUUGCAGUGCCAAAUUUUCGCUGUAGCACAUUGGAUGGUGUUGACAUCCUGCCCCUUUUGUGACUGACAACUUUCCUAUGUGCUUUGUUUCUGAUGAGGCAGCUCCAGAAUCCUCUACUUGAGUACUUUCUAUUUAAAAUGCUUGCCAUCAAACACACUACGCAGCUGUUUUUCUUGUGAAAUUUCUAUUUUUUUAUCACUAGUCUAGACGGCAUUUCCUGUCGCCUCUCGCUGUUCGUUUAGGGAACAAAACAUUUUCAAGUCUCAUCCUUUGUUUAAAAAAAAGUUCUUUUCUCUAACGAUCAUUUCCUUUUUAGUCUAGAUUGUUCUUAGUGAGCUCUAUCCCUUGCUCAGCUUUUUUAACGUCUGUCUAGCACCCGUCGCGCAUGAGCGGCCCCAAUUCCGCAGCAAGGAGUAGUUUAAUGUUAGAUCUACCCAGAUGCACCUCCCUGUUGCACAGUAGGGUUUUAGCAGCUUUUUCCAAUGCUCCGUCUGAUUUGUUUGAUCUAUAUGUACCAGAGUAUGAUGGUUAUAGUGUGAUGUCAUGCGCUCUUCACUCACUGCCAUGUAGGGAGUGGAUGCGCUGUCGGUGUCGGCAUGUUUACCAGUACUCUUGAGAUGUCCGAGACUUGUA